AUGCCGGCACCAGAGAGUCACCCGUGCAUCUGCGGCGCGACGAAGUACAUUUACAACUUGCGGCGGAAAGAGUGGGUCGCGACGAGCACCAACGUAAGGGUUCCGUCCCCCUUAAAGUGGUUUGGGAAUGGCGGCAUGCGUGUCGUGUACGAGGUGGAGGAGGUGGAGGAGGAUGGCAGCAGCACCGCGUGCCUCGCGAAGCUCUUCAAGCGGAAUAUCACGGAUGUAGUGGAGAAGGACUACUUCAGCGAGGGCGAGGCGCAGUGCAUGUGCGAGGAGUUCGCCAACAACUUCAACAAGGCCCCCUUCAGCGGCAUGGAAAGGACAUGCGUCUCCUUCUUGCAGUGCCAUGUGGUGCGCAUCAGCAAGCGGAACAUCCCGCCUGAGUACCAGAACAGCAGGCACGGCUUCUUCUCGUACAAAACAACCGACACGAGGGAGGUCUUGUUUGUGAUGGAGCCAAAGCUCCGCGGCCACUUCACGAAGUAUAAUAGCAACUUUGGCGACACAUACAAAGACGACCCGGCCUGCCGGACGUCAUCGCAGAUCCAGAAGCGGGCACACAUGUUUCACAUUGCUGAGGCUUUUUCGCACUUCACGCUCGUCGAGAGCGGCGGCUCGAUGCUGCUGUGCGACCUUCAAGGCGUCAACGACCUCUUGACGGACCCGCAGAUCCACACAGAGGACGGCAAGGGCAUGGGGCUGGGCAACAUGGGCCACGAGGGCAUCGAGAAGUUUGUGCAGCGACACGAGUGCAAUGAGAUAUGUCAUGCACUCGGGAUGAAGCCGCUGUUUGGCGUCCGGCCUCAGCUUGACCACGAGUCCCUCCGCAAGAACCUCUACGUGUGCCUCCGCGCCCAGCUGCAGGAGGACCAGGUGCCCCUACCAAAGCCGAUCCAGGAGAUGACGGAGGAGGAGCAGCUCGCGCACGCCAUAAGGGUGUCUCAGGUGUCCUAUUGA